AUGGACAGCCCUUAUCCUUUCAGCACAGUCGAGCCAUAUUUCAUCGGUUCCUGCCGCAGUCGUCCCGGCCCUGGGUUCGAACAUGGUGAUGGGGCUGUCCAGCCUGUCUCAUCAGGCAAGUACGUUAAUUCACCGAUCAGUACAACCCCUGAUUCGUUGUUUGGUUUCAGUACUAUUCCGUUUAAUCGUCAACCCUCGAGUUUCUCUACGAAACGUGUUUCAACUCCAGGACGCAACAAACCUGCAGUUCCCGGCAACGUUAUGUCCAACUGCUACGCCGGCGGGUUCGAUUGUUCACGUACCAUGACAACAAUCAGCGUCAGCAACGGAGUGCCUCAACCUGAUCACAGCUCUUUGUCUAUAUACUAUCAGAACGUCAGAGGCCUUCGCACUAAAACGACACAACUAAAGCUGAAACUAUCGUGCUGUGACUACGAUAUAAUCGUGUUUACCGAAACGUGGCUCAAAUCCGAUAUCUGCAACACAGAGCUUACAUCGGACUACACCGUAUUCCGGUGCGAUCGCAACGAGGCUACUAGUAACCACUCGAGAGGAGGUGGCGUCCUUGUUGCUGUGAAACCGACACUGCACUGCACGGCGGUGUCCAUAGUUGAUUGCAAUCAGCUAGAACAGGUUGCUGUAAAAAUAUUACUUCCUCACCGAUCGCUGUUUAUCUCUGCUGUCUAUAUUCCUCCGGGCUCAGGUGUUGGACUAUAUUCAGCUCACGCCGUGACUGCUCAAUAUUUAUUGGAUCGUUCAUCACCGAACGACGUUAUCGUGCUUAUUGGUGAUUAUAAUCUUCCUCAUCUACAAUGGUGUUUCGAGGAGGACAUCAACGGAUACUUACCAUCAAACGCGUCCAGUGAACAAGAGACAAAUCUAGCUGAUCCCAUCUCGUCGUGUGGCUUGGUUCAAGUGAAUUCGCAUGUCAAUUCGAACAACAGGCUUCUGGAUUUAGCCUUCACGAGUUCUCCGGAUAUCACUGAGGUAUUUCAGCCACCACUACCACUGCUGCCCAUUGACGCACAUCACCCUCCAUUCAUCCUGCUCGUGGACUUACAAAGCUCGGUCACUUGCCACCAAAUCUUCCCAGCUUCGAAUGAGAACGACAUGGACUUCAGGCGAUGCAAUUUUGAUUCGCUGAACGUCGCGUUUUCGUCCAUCGACUGGCAGCAUUUUCUUAACAAACGGUCUGUUGACGCAAAUGUUUUUCUGUUCUACGACAAACUUAACGAAAUUAUUCGCUCAAAUGUCCCGCGCCGUCGUCGUAACUUAAGCAGCGUUAGCAGGAAACCUUGGUGGACAGCUGAGCUGCGCAACUUGCGUAACCGACUAAGGAAAGCACGUAAACGAUUCUUUGCUCUCAGAUCAGAUGUGAAUAGAGACUGGUUGCGUCAAAUUGAAUCAUCAUACAACGAAUUACACACUUCCAGUUAUCAACAAUAUAUAUGCAGACUGGAAUCUAACUUGAAACAAAACCCAUCGAUGUUCUGGAGGUACGUUAAAGGACAAAGGGCUACCAACCUCGUGCCAAUCAAUGUGGUCUACAAUGACUCCACAGCCAGUACAGCUGACGAACCCGCCAAUCUUUUUUCUGACUUCUUCCAAAGUGUGUUUUGUCUUUCUGUUGAACUCAUAAUGGCCAUUUGA